AUGGUCAACGUUCACGUCGACUCUCAGUUAUGCUCAACUACAAAAAAUCUUACAGAUGAUAUCACGUUGAUAGAAUUGUGCGAUAAGCUCUACCCCAUUACUGGGAUUUUGCCGCAGGAUAUGAAGCUUACAUUCCAGAGCCAGGGCAAGGUACAUGAUGUGGUGACAUACACUAGUGAUACGUCUGACACGCAUCCGCUAUCGAAAUACAAAUCGCUGGAUCGCAUAUUGGUCGAGGACACGAAUACAGAAUCAAUAGCAUCACAGUUGGCCCAGAGCUCAAGUACAGAAGAAGCGUAUCAGUUACCAGAAGCGGAUUACGCCAAGAAGCAUGAUACCGUGUUGAACUGGAAGAAACAGAACAAGUUAGGCAGGUUCAAUCCCGAACACCAGCUUAAGCUCGAUAGGGAGUCCAAACUGCUACAAGAUCACUUGCAAACGCUUGAGGUCAAUCAGAGGUGUUUUGUCAAAUCGGAGGGACUGCCGGAGAGGAGAGGCUGGCUACGAUUCGUGGGCAAAGUAGUGGAAAUCAAUCCCAACGAUGUAUGGUGUGGAGUUCAAUUCGAUGAGCCAGUUGGUAAAAGCAACGGCUUUUGCAAGGGCCGGUUAUAUUUCGGCCCGGUUGCACCGCAUCACGGCGGUUUCAUCAAGCCUCUUAAUGUUGAGACCGGCAGUCAGUAUGUCCCUCUUCCAAUUGACAUGGAAGACUUAGAAGAAGAGGACGACGAAGUAUAA